AUGAGUUUCAAAGGAUUCACCAAAGCUGUCACCAGAGCUCCUCAAAAUUUCCGGCAGAAAUUCAACAUGGGCCAGCAAACAGAGGAUGCUGUUUAUGAAGACGCGGAAAGACGGUUUAAAGAGCUGGAGACCGAGACGAAAAAGCUAAGCGACGAAUCUAAACGGUAUUUCACGGCCGUCAAUGGCAUGCUGAACCAUCAGAUAGGGUUUGCCAAGGCCAUGGAGGAGAUUUUCAAGCCCAUCAGCGGGAAAGUGAGUGAUCCCAAUGCCACUAUCCCGGAAGACAAUCCCGAGGGUAUCGAGGCCAGUGAACAGUACCGGGAACUAGUGGCUGAACUGCUAGUGACUUUAAAACCAGAUUUGGAGCUCAUUGACGAGAAAAUCGUGAAACCCUCGCAGGAGCUUCUCAAGGUCAUCGAUUACAUCCGGAAAAUGGCCACCAAGAGAAACCAUAAAAAAUUGGAUCUGGACCGCCAUCUCAACACCUACAGCAAAUACGAAGCCAAGAAGGAGCCCACGCCCAAGGACGAGGAGAAACUCUACAAAUCGCAGGCGCAAAUGGAAGUGGCUCAGCAGGAGUACGACUACUACAACGACAUGUUGAAAAAUGAACUGCCUGUGCUUUUCCAGCUAGAGGCAGAGUUUGUGAAGCCGCUCUUCGUGUCGUUCUACUACAUGCAGCUCAACAUUUUCUACAGCUUGUACAACCGCAUGCAGGACAUGAAGAUUCCUUACUUCAACCUGGACACCGACAUUUUGGAGGCCUACACGGCCAAACGUGGCAAUAUCGAGGAGCAGACCGACUCUUUGACCAUCACCCGGUUCAAACUCGGCUAUGGCAAAGCUAAGCUCGAAAUGACCCGCAAAAAAUACGGCGUUCAGUCGCCCACCAAUCCCGGGUCCCCAGUGACGCCCCAGGCCUCGCAAUUUGACAACAAGUCUGCCACUGCUGGUGGCUACGGUCCUCCUCCCUAUGGUCAGGCGCCUGGGGCCCUGGACCAGCAGCAAUACCCUGCCGAAAAGGCGACCUACGUGGCGUCGCCGGGCGGACUACCGUACCAACAAUACCCUGGUGCGGCUCCUGUAGCUGCAUCUGCUGCUGCUGCUCCGGCCCCAUAUGCUGCAUACACACCUCCUGCGACCGCUCCCGUGGCGGAAACCGUCACCGCUUUGUACGAUUACCAAGCUCAAGCUGAAGGCGACUUGACUUUUCCCGCUGGUGCCGUGAUACAGGUUGUGGAACGCACGGAGGACACCAAUGGGUGGUGGACCGGAAUGUUCAAUGGGUACCAGGGUGUUUUCCCUGCCAAUUACGUGCAAUUGAACAAAUGA